AGAAGAACAAGUUAAAAGAGAAAAGAUAAAUAGAAAAGGAUAAAAAAGUAAUUAUGAUUAUGUUUUAGUUUUAGUUUGAGGAGAAUUAAUUUCUAAGGUAAAGUGUUUGUUUCGUUUUCAAAUGUAUUAGAAAUUGUUGUUGUUUCAAUUUCCGAUUACAAAAGUAAUUAGAGUUAAUUGUUCCAACUCUUCUACCAUUAUGUCUAAUUGAAAAUGGUAAAAGUGUAACAAUACAAAAUCUAAACAUUGAACUUGAUGUAAGUUGAUUGAUCCAUGGAGAGAUAAGUUAAACUCAGAACAUGGAACUGAACUCCGCAAUCUCCAUGGUAAAUGUCUCACUUUUAUCUUCUUCUCUCUCUCUCUCAUUCUCAUCAUUUUCUUCAAUCACUGUUUGAAUCAUCAUCAUAAAUUCAGAAUCUUCAUAUUCAGUUACCUUGAGAAAAUAACAUUCAAAUCAAUUGUCCAUCGUAAAUUCUUGUGGUCAUCAUCAUUUGUGUUCAACUUUUACCUGGUCAGUUUGUGUUUGUGUCCAUUGGCUUAGCAAAGGUAAAAAAAACUCCCAACUCUUUGGAUGGAAACAAUUAUCCAAUUAACUAAUCGGAUUUUAAUCGGAUCAUAAUCAGUCACAAUUAACAUUUAUCAUUAGCGUUAAUCGUGUAAAUAAAUCAAGGGAAAAACUUUUCACAUUACAAUCAAUGAACAAUAACAAUGCCGAUAACAUUAGGUCAUUUUAAUUGUUCAACCAAAUCAGGACAUUCUUGUAAAUUGUUACCUUUCGGAUUUCCGUACGAUUUAACUGGAUUAGGAUCGAUCAACGAGCCCAACCAGCUGAGACUAAUUCUUGGAAAUAAACCAAAUAACGCUUUCAUCUAUCUAUCGAUUUUCAUUGGGAUUUAUGUAAUCAUUUUCGCCAUUUUUUUGGGUAUCGCUCUUUCACGAAGUAAUCUUGCCCAUCAUCAUCAUUCGAGUGGACGUAAGGGUCAACGUAAUCGACGGAAGAAGAGGAAGUCCUCAAACAAACAGACGAUUGUCAGUUUCGAUGAGACGAGUAAAUCAGAUUCAACAAGAACUGAUCUAAACCGAUUAACCAAUGAUCUCUACUUUGUAUAAAUUAUUGUUAAGGUCAUUGAUUGUUACGCAUCAACCAAGAUUAAAAUCGUUGGGGGAACAAUGAAGAUUUAUCAUUGUUACUUAUUAAUGUUUGUUCACUUCAAGCUAAUUAAAUGUAAAUAACAAUAAUAACCAUAAUAUCGAAUCAGGACCAUGAUAAUAUAUUACAAAUACUAUCAACUUACAAUAUCAAAUACCUCAUAAUGUUAAUACAAAAGAGGAUAAAAAAUUGAUCACAUUAAAGAUUAAUGGUAAACACA